AGGAGUGACAGGAAGCAGACGUUCCAGGACGUGCUGAGGAUCGCCAAGAUGGCCUCCGUCUCCAGCCCCGUUCACAGCCCAAUGCACUGGGAUAGACUGCGGCAGCGGAGAUGUGGGGUGGCGUUGCCACGGUGAUCAUUUACACAAAAAAAUACUGGAAGAGAAAGCCGUGUGUCGAUGAUGUAAAAGUCCACAGUAAAAGAGACCGUUUUGGAGCUGGUGAGAAGUUCUUUACACACACACCUUUAUAUAUACAGUGGGGAGAACAAGUAUUUGAUACACUGCCGAUUGUGUAGGUUUUCCUACUUACAAAGCAUGUAGAGGUCUAUAAUUUUUUAUCAUAGGUACACUUCAACUGUGAGAGACGGAAUCUAAAACAAAAAUACAGAAAAUCACAUUGUAUGAUUUUUAAGUAAUUAAUUAGCAUUUUAUUGCAUGACAUAAGUAUUUGAUCACCUACCAACCAGUAAGAAUUCCGGCUCUCACAAACCUGUUAGUUUUUCUUUAAGAAGCCCUCCUGUUCUCCACUCAUUACCUGUAUUAACUGCACCUAUUUGAACUCGUUACCUGUAUAAAAGACACCUGUCCACACACUCAAUCAAACAGACUCCAACCUCUCCACAAUGGCCAAGACCAGAGAGCUGUGUAAGGACAUCAGGGAUAAAAUUGUAGACCUGCACAAGGCUGGGAUGGGCUACAAGACAAUAGGCAAGCAGCUUGGUGAGAAGGCAACAACUGUUGGCGCAAUUAUUAGAAAAUGGAAGAAGUUCAAGAUGACGGUUAAUCACCCUUGGUCUGGAGCUCCAUGCAAGAUCUCAACUCGUGGGGCAUCAAUGAUCAUGAGGAAGGUGAGGGAUCAGCCCAGAACUACACGGCAGGACCUGGUCAAUGACCUGAAGAGAGCUGGGACCACAGUCUCAAAGAAAACCAUUAGUAACACACUACGCCGUCAUGGAUUAAAAUCCUGCAGCGCAUGCAAUAUCCCCCUGCUCAAGCCAGCGCAUGUCCAGGCCCGUCUGAAGUUUGCCAAUGACCAUCUGGAUGAUCCAGAGGAGGAAUGGGAGAAGGUCAUGUGGUCUGAUGAGACAAAAAUAGAGCUUUUUGGUCUAAACUCCACUCGCCGUGUUUGGAGGAAGAAGAAGGAUGAGUACAACCCCAAGAACACCAUCCCAACCAUGAAGCAUGGAGGUGGAAACAUCAUUCUUUGAGGAUGCUUUUCUGCAAAGGGGACAGGACGACUGCACCGUAUUGAGGGGAGGAUGGAUGGGGCCAUGUAUCGCAAGAUCUUGGCCAACAACCUCCUUCCCUCAGUAAGAACAUUGAAGAUGGGUCGUGGCUGGGUCUUCCAGCAUGACAACGACCUGAAACACACAGCCAGGGCAACUAAGGAGUGGCUCCGUAAGAAGCAUCUCAAGGUCCUGGAGUGGCCUAGCCAGUCUCCAGACCUGAACCCAAUAGAACAUCUUUGGAGGGAGCUGAAAGUCCGUAUUGCCCAGCGACAGCCCCGAAACCUGAAGGAUCUGGAGAAGGUCUGUAUGGAGGAGUGGGCCAAAAUCCCUGCUGCAGUGUUUGCAAACCUGGUCAAGACCUACAGGAAACAUAUGAUCUCUAUAAUUGCAAACAAAGGUUUCUGUACCAAAUAGUAAGUUCUGCUUUCCUGAUGUAUCAAAUACUUAUGUCAUGCAAUAAAAUGCAAAUUAAUUACUUAAAAAUCAUACAAUGUGAUUUUCUGGAUUUUUGUUUUAGAUUCCGUCUCUCACAGUUGAAGUGUACCUAUGAUAAAAAUUACAGACCUCUACAUGCUUUGUAAGUAGGAAAACCUGCAAAAUUGGCAGUGUAUCAAAUACUUGUUCUCCCCACUGUAUAUGGCUUUGUUAUUUGCAUAUAUCCUAUGUGAUUGGAUGUUUCACUGAUGUCAACCAUGCUGUCAGUCAGUAGGAAACAAGACCAGUGUUUUGUCAGUACACUGAUGUCAACCACACUGUCAGUCAGUAGGAAACACAAGCCCAGUGUAGAAUAACGUCUUGAUGCUGUCUAAUCUAACGGCUACAUUCUUCAUCAUCCCAAAGAUGGAACAGUUUACGACCUUACACUACCAGUAUAAUAUAUAAUAAUAUGCCAUUUAGCAGACGCUUUUAUCCAAAGCGACUUACAGUCAUGUGUGCAUACAUUUUUACAUAUGGGUGGUCCCGGGGAUCGAACCCACUACCCUGGCGUUACAAGCGCCAUGCUCUACCAAUUGAGCUACAGAGGACCAAAUGAUAGCCUUUAUAGUGAAUAGGGCAAUCUGUCAACCUAUUCCACUAUAAAGGGAAUAUGCCAGCGUGCCGUUUGGGACGCGUGCUGUGAUUACAGCGGCUGUAAUCCUUUACUAAUGGACUUGGGCCUAACUUGGGUUGAAUUCACUGGAAAACUCCCAACUCAAAGCGUUGCUCUCUACUACAAUAAUUUCCUAUUCAGGAAGUGAUGUAAAACGCUGUUACAUAAUUUGAACAUCACUCGCUUGAUUUAAAAGGGUAGUUUUAUUACAAUGAAUCAUGAUUUGGAUUGUAAAAGCUCAACCUGUUAUCACGAGGGACUGAAGGGAGGCUGUGUCAUUUAGUUCCUUCCAUUCUGGAAUCCUUUUGUUUCCUUCCAUUCUGGAAUCCUUUUAGUUUCCUUCCAUUCUGGAAUCCUUUUAGUUUCCUUCCAUUCUGGAAUCCUUUUAGUUUCCUUCCAUUCUGGAAUCCUUUUAGUUUCCUUCCAUUCUGGAAUCCUUUUAGUUUCCUUCCAUUCUGGAAUCCUUUUAGUUUCCUUCCAUUCUGGAAUCCUUUUAGUUUCCUUCCAUUCUGGAAUCCUUUUAGUUUCCUUCCAUUCUGGAAUCCUUUUAGUUUCCUUCCAUUCUGGAAUCCUUUUGUUUCCUUCCAUUCUGGAAUCCUUUUAGUUCCUUCCAUUCAUGACUCUUCUGAAAAACAAAGGGCCAUUCUCUCUAUAUAGUGCACUACUUUUGACCAGGGCCCGGGCCCAUAGGGUUCUGGUCAAAAGUAGUGGACUAUAUAUAUAUAAGGAAAAGGGUGCCGUUUUGGGACUCAACCUUAGAAACAACAAGGAGGCUUGGCUGGGCGACUCUGACUCAUGUUUCUCACCAGAGAAGUGUUCAGCGUUUCCUCUCACUAGCACAGAGUGAAAAUUCCCCCUGUAGUGUAGUGUAGUGUAGUGUAGUGUAGUGUAGUGUGAGUUUGCCCUCUAUCCAUGUGAAACGUCAUCAUCAUACUCAGUCUCAGGGCUGGUCCUUAGUUUAAGGUGGAGACUGAUUUAGGGCUGUGUCCCAAAGGGAACCCUAUUCCUUAUAUAGUGCACAUUACUUUGGACCAGAGCGCUAUAGGCCACUAUGUAGUGGAUAGGGUGCCGUUUUAGAUGUUCAUAGGGGGGGGGGGGGGAAUCCAUUACACAGUCACAGCUGCAGUCACCCUCUUUAACGUCCUCUUUCAUUUCACAGUUACACAGACCUACUGAAACACCACACACUGGUAGAGACUAUUGUUUUUGUGGUUUGCAUAUUUGCAUUGCAUAUCUAGGGGGUAGGUGAUGCUAGCUUACACUUCCUGUACAUACACAUAGUUCUGUGUAUGUACAGACAGAACAUUAAGCGCCAGUGGUGAGGUGAGAUGACUUGGUGACAGAACAUUAAGCUCCAGUGGUGAGAUGACUUGGUGACAGAACAUUAAGCUCCAGUGGUGAGGUGACUUGGUGACAGAACAUUAAGCUCCAGUGGUGAGGUGACUUGGUGACAGACCAUUAAGCUCCAGUGGAGAGGUGAGAUGACUUGGUGACAGAACAUUAAGCUCCAGUGGUGAGGUGACUUGGUGACAGACCAUUAAGCUCCAGUGGUGAGGUGAGAUGACUUGGUGACAGAACAUUAAGCUCCAGUGGUGAGGUGAGGUGACUUGGUGACAGAACAUUAAGCUCCAGUGGUGAGAUGACUUGGUGACAGAACAUUAAGCUCCAGUGGUGAGGUGAGAUGACUUGGUGACAGAACAUUAAACUCCAGUGGUGAGGUGACUUGGUGACAGAACAUUAAGCUCCAGUGGUGAGGUAGGGUGACUUGGUGGAGGUGUUUUCCAACCCAAAGGGAAGUGUUGUUUCCUGAUGUGAUGUCUUGUGUUUCCACAGAUCAAGGCACAGACCAUGAGCCUCCAGGGGACAGCUCUCUUCUCUUGCGGAGUCAUGGGUGAGUGUGGAUAUACCAGGAUCCCCCUAGAUAACAUGACUCUUUCUUUGACUACUCGCAUCCUCUGGCAGCUUCGACUACCUCUGAGUAGUUGAGGCAAGACUAAUUGCCUCCGCAUCGGGCUUCCACCCCCUCCCACCCCAUUCCACCCCCUCCCAUGGACUAGGCCUAAUGACUGUAGCUCUCUAGGAGUGGAGUCUGGCCCAUGGACUAGGCCUAAUGACUAGCGCUCUAGGAGUGGAGUCUGGCCCAUGGACUAGGCCUAAUGACUGUAGUGCUCUAGGAGUGGAGUCUGGCCCAUGGACUAGGCCUAAUGACUGUAGUGCUCUAGGAGUGGAGUCUGGCCCAUGGACUAGGCCUAAUGACUGUAGUGCUCUAGGAGUGGAGUCUGGCCCAUGGACUAGGCCUAAUGACUGUAGUGCUCUAGGAGUGGAGUCUGGCCCAUGGACUAGGCCUAAUGACUGUAGCGCUCUAGGAGUGGAGUCUGGCCCAUGGACUAGGCCUAAUGACUGUAGUGCUCUAGGAGUGGAGUCUGGCCCAUGGACUAGGCCUAAUGACUGUAGCGCUCUAGGAGUGGAGUCUGGCCCAUGGACUAGGCCUAAUGACUAGCGCUCUAGGAGUGGAGUCUGGCCCAUGGACUAGGCCUAAUGACUAGCGCUCUAGGAGUGGAGUCUGGCCCAUGGACUAGGCCUAAUGACUGUAGCUCUCUAGGAGUGGAGUCUGGCCCAUGGACUAGGCCUAAUGACUGUAGUGCUCUAGGAGUGGAGUCUGGCCCAUGGACUAGGCCUAAUGACUAGCGCUCUAGGAGUGGAGUCUGGCCCAUGGACUAGGCCUAAUGGCUGUAGUGCUCUAGGAGUGGAGUCUGGCCCAUGGACUAGGCCUAAUGACUAGUGCUCUAGGAGUGGAGUCUGGCCCAUGGACUAGGCCUAAUGGCUGUAGUGCUCUAGGAGUGGAGUCUGGCCCAUGGACUAGGCCUAAUGACUGUAGUGCUCUAGGAGUGGAGUCUGGCCCAUGGACUAGGCCUAAUGACUGUAGUGCUCUAGGAGUGGAGUCUGGCCCAUGGACUAGGCCUAAUGACUAGCGCUCUAGGAGUGGAGAACCGUAUUGGUAAAGAACAACCAGUCUGCCUGGCUGGUGUUCAGAAGGGCCAAAACAUGUUUUAAGAAGUGAAACGGGGAGGUAGCCUCGCCUACUACCGGAAUUUCACUUUCUGUUGUUCAAUGGAGAAGGCGUGUUGAACUACCUGACCGGUACUAGGCCUACGUAUUUAGGAGAUAGACUUUGACAACAACAGCCUUGGGCUCAGUGUCUGUUUGAACAACACCAGCCCUGACUGACUGAUUCAACACUGAUAACAAGGCUGGCUUAAUGAGAAUGAGAUGUUUCUGAUGGGAAAUUGACACAAGGCCAAAUAACAGCUCUGAGUUCAGCCUAAUAAUGGAUUUAGUUGGAAUUAUUGCUGUGGCUUAGUAAGACAUUGAGCUCUUCUGUUCCCUCAUCAGCUGUGUUGACAGACUGAUGACUCAAUACUCAUAGUUACCACAGAACAGCAGAAUGGAGUGUUACCAUACAAUACUGCAAUACUCAGCGGUACCAUACUACCAUACUCAUAGUGGUACCAUACUCAUAGUGGUACCAUACUCAUAGUGGUACCAUACUCAUAGUGGUACCAUACUCAUAGUGGUACCAUACUCAUAGUGGUACCAUACUACCAUACUCAUAGUGGUACCAUACUCAUAGUGGUACCAUACUACCAUACUCAUAGUGGUACCAUACUCAGUGUUACCAUACUACCAUACUCAUAGUGGUACCAUACUCAUAGUGGUACCAUACUACCAUACUCAUAGUGGUACCAUACUCAUAGUGGUACCAUACUACCAUACUCAUAGUGGUACCAUACUCAUAGUGAUACCAUACUCAUAGUGAUACCAUACUCAUAGUGGUGCCAUACUCAUAGUGGUACCAUACUCAUAGUGGUACCAUACUACCAUACUCAUAGUGGUACCAUACUCAUAGUGAUACCAUACUCAUAGUGGUACCAUACUACCAUACUCAUAGUGGUGCCAUACUCAUAGUGGUACCAUACUCAUAGUGGUACCAUACUACCAUACUCAUAGUGGUACCAUACUCAUAGUGGUACCAUACUACCAUACUCAUAGUAGUACCAUACUACCAUACUCAUAGUGAUACCAUACUCAUAGUGGUACCAUACUACCAUACUCAUAGUGGUACCAUACUACCAUACUCAUAGUGAUACCAUACUACCAUACUCAUAGUGGUACCAUACUCAUAGUGAUACCAUACUACCAUACUCAUAGUGAUACCAUACUCAUAGUGGUACCAUACUACCAUACUCAUAGUGGUACCAUACUACCAUACUCAUAGUGAUACCAUACUACCAUACUCAUAGUGGUACCAUACUCAUAGUGGUACCAUACUCAUAGCGGUACCAUACUCAGUGUUACCAUACUACCAUACUCAUAGUGGUACCAUACUCAUAGUGGUACCAUACUACCAUACUCAUAGUGGUACCAUACUCAUAGUGGUACCAUACUCAUAGUGAUACCAUACUCAUAGUGGUACCAUACUACCAUACUCAUAGUGGUACCAUACUCAUAGUGGUACCAUACUACCAUACUCAUAGUGGUACCAUACUACCAUACUCAUAGUGGUACCAUACUACCAUACUCAUAGUGGUACCAUACUCAUAGUGAUACCAUACUCAUAGUGGUACCAUACUACCAUACUCAUAGUGGUGCCAUACUCAGUGGUACCAUACUCAUAGUGGUACCAUACUACCAUACUCAUAGUGGUACCAUACUCAUAGUGGUACCAUACUACCAUACUCAUAGUAGUACCAUACUACCAUACUCAUAGUGAUACCAUACUCAUAGUGGUACCAUACUACCAUACUCAUAGUGGUACCAUACUACCAUAUUCAUAGUGAUACCAUACUACCAUACUCAUAGUGGUACCAUACUCAUAGUGGUACCAUACUCAUAGUGGUACCAUACUCAUAGUGAUACCAUACUACCAUACUCAUAGUGGUACCAUACUACCAUACUCAUAGUGGUACCAUACUCAUAGUGGUACCAUACUACCAUACUCAUAGUGGUACCAUACUCAUAGUGGUACCAUACUCAUAGUGCUACCAUACUCAUAGUGGUUCCAUACUCAUAGUGGUACCAUACUCAUAGUGGUACCAUACUACCAUACUCAUAGUGGUACCAUACUCAUAGUGAUACCAUACUCAUAGUGGUACCAUACUACCAUACUCAUAGUGGUACCAUACUCAUAGUGGUACCAUACUACCAUACUCAUAGUGGUACCAUACUACCAUACUCAUAGUGGUACCAUACUCAUAGUGGUACCAUACUACCAUACUCAUAGUGGUACCAUACUCAUAGUGGUACCAUACUCAUAGUGCUACCAUACUCAUAGUGGUUCCAUACUCAUAGUGAUACCAUACUCAUAGUGGUACCAUACUACCAUACUCAUAGUGGUACCAUACUCAUAGUGGUACCAUACUACCAUACUCAUAUAGUACCAUACUCAUAGUGGUACCAUACUACCAUACUCAUAGUGGUACCAUACUCAUAGUGGUACCAUACUACCAUACUCAUAGUGGUACCAUACUCAUAGUGGUACCAUACUACCAUACUCAUAGUGGUACCAUACUCAUAGUGGUACCAUACUACCAUACUCAUAGUGGUACCAUACCAGUGGCGGUCAGUGCCGUUUAAGAUGAGGGAGGACCAUUUUCUUUCUUCAUGAUCAUGGCCUUAUUUCUAUUACAGCAUAUUGGAUGGCUGUCAUUCAUAUUCCAUUCACCCAGUUCAAUGUAACAUGGAUAGGUUUAGGCUACUUCAUGAUACUCUAAUGUUCCCUGUACCCAUCAUGAGGUUGCUACAACCUAGUCUAUAUAAAUGAAAGUUUACAACGUAGGUGCACAAAGGUCGAGAGAGAAUCUUGAGGUGACAGUGACACAUGGACAGACAGUGACGCAUUCAGUACCGCCUUGCACCCUCUGGCCUGCAUCUAGUUGAAUGCGCCAAUUUGUAAGUCGCUCUGGAUAAGAGCGUCUGCUAAAGAGCGUCUGCUAAAUGUAAAUGUAAUCUAGGGUGUAAUCAUUAGUUCAACCGCUGCAAACGAGAGUUUUCUAUUGGACAAAUUCAGGCGUGUUUAUCCCUGUUUCUUUCCAUUCGCUUUUUUGUUUUUCAACAGAAUCGGCGGAAUGAACACACCCCUGAUCACGCAUAAACACAGUUCACUUUCAUAGCAGCCACGUUGUAUUCUUUCUUGCAUCUGUGCGCUCUCCUCCUCUCACCUUUUCCCUUCGUUUGUGGACUUCAAUGCACAACACAUCAGCUGUAUGUGACCAGGUGAAAAAACCUUUCCAAGCCAAACCUUCAUAUCAUAACCGCUACACACAGCCUACAUCGUUGUCACCAUAUUAGCUAACAUCAGUCAAAAAUAGCUACUAGAACUAACGCGUUAGUAAACCCGCUACAAUCAUGCAGUACAGUGUACAGUCAGCAAGCAGUUUAGAACUUACACCAGCGGGCCCCGGUGGCAAUACAUUUGUAAAACCAAAAGCUUACCUUGACUUGGAAGAGUUCCAGUGUUGUGUUGAAUAGUCAUAGCCAGCUAGCUAACAUAGCAUCCCUCUGUUUGAGCAGGGUGUUUGAGUAGGCUAAACUAGCUAGCUGCAUUUGCUAGCUAAGUAAGUGAAACUGAAAGUGGAAAAAAAACUAUCUUGCUUCUGCUUCAUUUUGGAAUAAAUUAAUUUGUUCAAAACUGUUCAACUAUUGUCUUUCUCUCUCUUUGAGUAAACUACUCAUCACAUUUUAUGCACCGCAGUGCUAGCUAGCUGUAGCUAAUGCUUUCAGUACUAGAUUAAUUCUCUGAUCCUUUGAUUGAGUGGACAACAUGUCAGUUCAUGCUGCAAGAGCUCUGAUAGGUUGGAGGACGUCCUCCGGAAGUUGGCAUAAUACUGUGUAAGUCUGGAAGGGGUUGAGAACCAUGAGCCUCUUAAGUUUUUGUAUUGAUGUCAAUGUACCCAGAGGAGGACGGAAGCUAGCUGUCCUCCGGCUACACCAUGGAGCUACCCUACAGAGUGCUGUUGAGGCUACUGUAGACCGUCAUUGCAAAACGGUGUAUUUUAAUCAAUUAUUUGGUGACGUGAUUAUGUUUAGUAGAGUUUUAUCUAAAAAGGAUACAUUUUGUAUUUCUAUGAAAUUCACUGAGGAGGAUGGUCCUUCCCUUCCUCCUCUGAGGAGCCUCCACUGAUGUCCACCAAUGUUGUUUACAUGUUGAAAUGUCCUUGUGGUCUGUCUUACAUAAGCCUGUACCAUACUCAUAGUGGUACCAUACUCAGUGGUAUGGGGGGAAAAUAAAUAAAUAAAUAAAUAAAUGUAUGCACUCACUAACUGUAAAGUCGCUCUGGAUAAGAGCGUCUGCUAAAUGACUAUCUAAUGGUACCAUACUACCAUACUCAUAGUGGUACCGUACUCGGUAUUACCAAACUAAUAUUGGUGCUAUACUACAAUACUUGUAGUGGUACCAUACUCCUAGUGGUACCAUACUCCUAGUGGUACCAUUCUUCAAUGCAGAGGGAGGCUGACUCCCAGACACAGAAGUUACCUAGAGCUGAAGAGCGAGCAGUAGAGCUCAGUAGUUCUCCCCAGUUUAAGACGGUGCCAACAAACCAGGAGCUGCUAUUUCUGUUGUUUCGGCUCGCUGCCUGCCUGCCAGCCAGCCAGCCAGCCAGCCAAGCCUCUACUCCACUCUGAUGAGGGAGAAAGAGAGAAUGUUUCUGUAGGCACAAGGCCCACAUGCCUGAAGCUUUCUCCUUUCUAUAAACUUUUUUUUUAAAUGAGAGAAGAGAUGAUCCAUGGCAAUGUGCCACCUGUCAUUUCUUGUCAAUGUGUACAGUAGAAAGUUUGUAUUUAUUUUCUUCAUAGAAAUAAUGUUCUUAGAUAUAAGAUGACCCAGCAAACCGGGAACAUUCCCAGAACAUUACCGAAGAUUCCCAUUUAAGUUUUUAUCUAACAUUAGGAUGACAACAUCCCAUAAACAUUCAAACAAUGUUUUUGAUAACAAAAUACUUUAAAAAUAAAUGUUUUAAAUGAAAUAUCCUUUGGAUAUUCUCCUAACGUGCACAAAAAUGUUGUGCACAACCUCUGUAAUAACCCCCAACAGAACAUUCCCCAAAAGUUCUCAUUUGGUUUCCAGGUAAUGUAAUAACACUAACGCCAAUGUACCGGUAAUGUUUUCCCAGCAAACCAAAAUGGGUUCUGUGAAAGUUGGCAGAACGUUCGUUAGGUUGCGGCAAAUGUUCUCAACACAAAAACUGUCCAGUCAUGCUGUUGAUUUUACAAUAUUUCUAUUAAACAUUCGGUGAUGUUGCAAGAACGUUCCCAGAAUGCAUUUUGUCUGUUCUUGUGGUCGUGAGGCCGGUUGGAUGUACUGCCAAAUUAUUUUAAACAACGUUGGAGGCGGCUUAUGGUGGAGAAAUGAACAUUUAAAUUAUCUGGCAACAGCUCUGGGGAACAUUCCUGCAGUCAGCAUGCCAAUUGCACACUUCCUCAAAACAUCUGUGGCAUUGUGAUGUGUGCACAUUUUAGUGGCCUUUUAUUGUCCCCAGCACAAGGUGCACCUGUGUAAUGAUCAUGCUGUUUUAAUCAGCUUCUUGAUAUGCCACACCUGUCAGGUGGAUGGAUUAUCUUGUCAAAGGAGAAAAGCUCACUAACAGGGAUGUAAAAGCUUUUUGUGCGUAUGGAACAUUUUUCUGGGAUUUAUUUUUCCCAGCUCAUGAUACAUUUUAUAUUUUUGUUCAGUAUAAAUGGAAGGGAUUGUUUUUCAUGCGUUGCCCCCAUGAAAUCAGCAAAAACAAGCGCAGUAACUCAAUGCAUGUACACACUCCUAUUGAAUAAUAUGCAUUCACCUGUAUUGGGAAUAGACCUAGGCUACAUCUUGAUUUAACCAGUUUAUCAAUAGAUUUACCAUUUUGAAAUAAAUUAUUACCAUUUAUGUUUUGUAGUUAGAUCCGGUUAAAAACUAAGUCAAAUGUUAUUGGAUGAUUUGUGUAAUUGAUUAAUUAAUCUAUACAUGGCUAUCUCUAAACAAUUUAUAUACAGGUUCAAAUGUAAUGAUAUUGAACUCAAAAGAUGCCCAAUGAUUGAACAGAGCAGUAGCUGAGUUUAUCUGUCUGGAUCUAGUGCCAUUCUAUGACUGGCUAAUACGCCUUUUUUUUGUUGCCGUGGCAUCGUUUAGGAAUCGAGUAUCGUGAUACUAAAUCUGGUAUCGGUAUCAAAAUUCUGGUAUCGUGACAGCACUAGUCAUUUGUUGAUUCAACUCAUGACAUCACAACAAAUCCAAUUCCUCUACAUGAGCCACAUCAGUUAGCAUCUGAAAUUAAUAUUCUACAUUACCAUGGAAAUGAUUGCAUCACAAUACCAGGCAGCCCUUGCGAGUGUACCCCUGAGUUUACCAGUCAAAUUACCAGGGUUAGAUGUUCCCUAGCCUGUUCUAUUCAUUAUAUUUCUGUGAGUGCUGCUGCUGCUUGUUUGCUAGUUGUCCAUGUUACCGCAGAAACGGACUCAACUGUACGAAUGCCGGCCAUCCCGUCUCCAGUCAGCUGUUCGUUAUAUUUUUAUAUAAACCUGAUUCAGUUGAUCACCCAGUGAAUUAUUAGAAUCAGGUGUGCUAGAUUAGGGUUGGUGUUAACCUACGGGAUGGUAGCUUUCCAGGAACAGGGUUGGCGUUAACCUACGGGAUGGUAGCUUUCCAGGAACAGGGUUGGCGUUAACCUACGGGAUGGUAGCUUUCCAGGAACAGGGUUGGCGUUAACCUACGGGAUGGUAGCUUUCCAGGAACAGGGUUGGCGUUAACCUACGGGAUGGUAGCUUUCCAGGAACAGGGUUGGCGUUAACCUACGGGAUGGUAGCUUUCCAGGAACAGGGUUGGUGUUAACCUACGGGAUGGUAGCUUUCCAGGAACAGGGUUGGUGUUAACCUACGGGAUGGUAGCUUUCCAGGAACAGGGUUGGCGUUAACCUACGGGAUGGUAGCUUUCCAGGAACAGGGUUGGUGUUAACCUACGGGAUGGUAGCUUUCCAGGAACAGGGUUGGCGUUAACCUACGGGAUGGUAGCUUUCCAGGAACAGGGUUGGAGUAAACGCUCCCUAAAACACUUUAGCGAGCAGGCCUUCCUAAUUGACCUGGCCCAGGUAUCCUGGAUGGAUAUAGAUCUCAUUCUGUCAGUAGAGGAUGCCUGGUUGUUCUUUAAAAGUAAUUUCCUCUCAAUCUUAAAUAAACAUGCCCCAUUCAAAAAAUACAAAACUAAGAACAGAUAUAGCCCCUGGUUCUCCUCAGACUUGACUGCCCUUGACCAGCACAAAAACAUCCUGUGGCGUACUGCAUUAGCAUCAAAUAGCCCCAGCGAUAUGCAACUUUUCAGGGAAGUUAGGAACCAAUAUACACAAGCAGUCAGGAAAGCAAAGGCUAACUUUUUCAAACAGAAAUGUGCAUCCUGUAGCACUAACUCCAAAAAGUUUUGGGACACUGUAAAGUCCAUGGAGAAUAAGAGCACUUCCUCCCAGCUGCCCACUGCAAUGAGGCUAGGAAACACUGUCACCACUGAUAAAUCUACAAUAAUGGAGAAUUUCAACAAGCAUUUUGCUACGGCUGGCCAUGCUUUCCACCUGGCUACCGCUACCCCGGCCACCAACUCUGCACCCUCCGCUGCAACUUGCCCAUGCCCCCCCCCGCUUCUCCUUCACACAAAUUCAGACAGCUGAUGUUCUGAAAGAGCUGCAAAAUCUGGACCCCUAUAAAUCAGCUGGGCUAGACAAUCUGGACCCUUUCUUUCUAAAACUAGCCGCUGAAAUUGUCGCAACCCCUAUUACUAGUCUGUUCAACCUCUCUUUCGUAACGUCUGAGAUCCCCAGAGAUUGGAAAGCUGCCGCGGUCAUCCCCCUCUUCAAAGGGGGUGACACUCUAGAUCCAAACUGUUACAGACCUAUAUCCAUCCCCCCCCUGCCUUUCGAAAGUAUUUGAAAGCCAAGUUAACAAACAGAUCACCGACCAUUUCGAAUCCCACCGUACCUUCUCCGCUACGCAAUCCGGUUUCCUAGCUGGUCAUGGGUGCACUUCAGCCACGCUCAAGGUCCUAAACGAUAUUAUAACCGCGAUCGAUAAAAGACAGUACUGUGCAGCCGUCUUCAUCGACCUGGCCAAGGCUUUCGACUCAGUCAACCACUGCAUUCUUAUUGGCAGACUAAAUAGCCUUGGUUUCUCAAAUGACUGCCUUGCCUGGUUCACCAACUACUUCUCAGAUAGAGUUCAAUGUGUCAAAUCGGAGGGCCUGUUGUCUGGACCUAUGGCAGUCUCUAUGGGGGUGCCACAGGGUUCAAUUCUUGGGCCGACUCUUUUCUCCGUGUAUAUCAAUGAUGUCGCUCUUGCUGCUGGUGACUCUCAGAUCCACCUCUACGCAGACACCAUUUUGUAUACAUCUAGCCCUUCAUUGGACACUGUGUUAACAAACCUCCAAACGAGCUUCAAUGCCAUACAACACUCCUUCAGUAGCCUCCAACUGCUCUUAAACACUAGUAAGACUAAAUGCAUGCUCUUCAAUCGAACGCUGCUGGAUCAUCCUUGAGAUGUUUCUACAACUUGAUUGGAGUCCACCUGUGGUAAAUUCAAUUGAUUGGACAUGAUUUGGAAAGGCACACAUCUGUCUAUAUAAGGUCCCACAAUUGACAGUGCAUGUCAGAGCAAAACCCAAGCCAUGAGGUCGACGGAAUUGUCCGUAGAGCUCAGAGACAGGAUUGUGUCGAGGCACAGAUCUGGAGAAGGGUACCAAAACAUUUCUGCAGCAUUGAAGUUCCCCAAGAACACAGUGGCCUCCAUCAUUCAUAAAUGGAAGAAGUCUGGAAUCACCAAGACUCUUCCUAUAGCUGGCCGCCCGGGCAAACUGAGCAAUUGGGGGAGAAGGGCCUUGGUCAGGGAGGUGACCAAGAACCCGAUGGUCACUCUGACAGAGUUCCUCUGGGGAGAUGGGAGAACCUUCCAGAAGGACAACCAUCGCUGCAUCUCCACCAAUCAGGCCUUUAUGGUAGAGUGGCCAGACGGAAGCCUGCUUGGAGUUUGCCAAAAGGCACCUAAAGGACUCUCAGACCAUGAGAAACAAGAUUCUCUGGUCUGAUGAAACCAAUAUUGAACUCUUUGGCCUGAAUGCCAAGCGUCAUGUCUGGAGGAAAUCUGGUACCAUCCCUACGGUGAAGCAUGGGGGUGGCAGCAUCAUGCUGUGGGGAUGUUUUUCAGCGGCAGGGACUGGAAGACUAGUCAGGAUCGAGGGAAAUAUGAACGGAGCAAAGUACAGAGAGAUCCUUGAUGAAAACCUGCUCCAGAGCGCUCAGGACCUCCAACUGGGGCGAAGGUUCACCUUCCUACAGGACAACGACCCUAAGCACACAGCCAAGACAAGGCAGGAGUGGCUUCGGGAAAAGUCUCUAAAAUAUCCUUGAGUGGCCCAGCCAGAGCCCGGACUUGAACCCGAUCAAACAUCUCUGGAGAGACCUGAAAAUAGCUGAGCAGCGAUGCUCCCCAUCCAACCUGACAGAGCUUGAGAGGAUCUGCAGAGAAGAAUGGGAGAAACUCCCCAAAUACAGGUGUACCAAGCUUGUAGCGUCAUAUCCAAGAAGACUCAAGGCUGUAAUCGCUGCGAAAGGUGCUUCAACAAAGUACUGAGUAAAGGGUCUGAAUACUUAUGUAAAUGUAAUAUUUCAUUUUUUUCAUUGUCAUUUAUUGUAUGAGCUUGAUGAGGGGGGAAAAAACUAUUUAAUCCUUUUUAGAAUAAGGUUGUAACGUAACAAAAUGUGGAAAAAAUAAAGGAGUCUGAAUACUUUCUGAAUGCACUGUAUGUUCCCCUUCUUUCCCCCUGACUAUUUCCAUGUUGUGUUGUAGGCUAUAUGUUCCCCUGACUAUUUCCAUGUUGUGUUGUAGGCUAUAUGUUCCCCUGACUAUUUCCAUGUUGUGUUGUAGGCUAUAUGUUCCCCUGACUAUUUCCAUGUUGUGUUGUAGGCUAUAUGUUCCCCUGACUAUUUCCAUGUUGUGUUGUAGGCUAUAUGUUCCCCUGACUAUUUCCAUGUUGUGUUGUAGGCUAUAUGUUCCCCUGACUAUUUCCAUGUUGUGUUGUAGGCUAUAUGUUCCCCUGACUAUUUCCAUCUUUAUUACUGUGUUUCAGAGACCGGCAGCAGGUGGCGUGACGUGGGCAUGGGUCUGGCCCGGGGGGGCUGUGGAGCCCUGCAUCACCAGAGACCCUCGGUGGAGUCCAGCAGCCUGGAGAACCUGUGGGAUGUCCUGCCCUCUGAGGUUCUACCUCACCACUACUACCAGUGCCCAGUCCGCUGGGGGGGCAGAGACGCAGCACUGGGUCCCACCAGCAUCACCACCACCGGACUGGUCCCCAUCCCCGCCCCAGGCACCAUCACCAGCCUGCUACAGGAUCUGAGCCUGGGUGAGGCGUCAGCCUCCUCACCCUCCGCCGCUCCACCCUCCAAGCGCCAGUGCCGCUCCCUCUCCUGCUCAGAGGACCUGGGAGGCUGUCGGUCGGCCUGGAGGCCCCAGGGGUCCCGGGUGUGGACGUCUGUGGCGAAGAGGCGAUGCCACAGUGGAGGAAGUGUCCAGAGAGGAGUUGCAACAGGAGGGACACGCUCUCAGCAGCUAGGGUUCCCUGCCAUGCAGCGUAGCGCCAGCUUCAGCCUGCCAGCUCGCUCCAACACCCUCUCCCUGGAUCUCCCUGGCUUCACCCAGGAGAAAUGCCUCCCCUGCCCUUCCUCCUUCAGCGGCCUGGCCCCCACCUCCUACUCCUCCCUGUCCUCAGAGCCCCCCAGGCCCUUCCUCUACCUCUCUCACGGACAGAUCUGCCUCCCAGAGAUCCAGGGAGGCCCGGCGUCGCCCCUGAGCUCCCCAGACUCCACCCCAGAGAUGGAGCGCCGUGCUGGGAAGGGUGGGCUGGCCCGGAGCCGCUCUCAGCCCUGCGUCCUCAACGACAAGAAGAUGAGUGUGAAGCGGAGGAGACCAGCUGACUCACACAGACAGAGGCCUUCUCUGGACCUUGCCAAGAUGACACAGGUUAGUAGGGGAAUAAUAUAGUGAGAAUAUUUGCCAUUUAGCAGACAUUCAUCCAAAGCGACAUACGAGUGGACCCGGGAAUUGAACCCACUAUCCUGGUGUUGCAAGAGCCAUGCUCUACCAACUAAGCUACAGAGGACCACAAGGCAAAGGGGUGGAGUUAGGAACCCGGUUAAUGGUUACUAGUCUAGUAUUUAGAAGACUAGUUAAAGGGAAAAUCAUCAAUCUGAUUUGCUGAAAUUAGUAUAUGGGGCAGGCUGGUUUCAUAGGGUGGGUUUACGUCGUUGUAAUUCAUGACAAUUAGCAGGCUUAUAUAGGACUACUACUUCAAGACAUUCAGGACAGCCUUUGUCAUUCUACAGCCAGAGGGUCAAAAGGUCAGGCCGUAGCAUGAUGCCUAAAAGGUAAACGAUCAGUACAGCCGUUCACCCAGCUUGCUUCAAAAAGUAUCUGUUAACGUGCCGGUCGUUACCAUGACAACAUCACAUGUUCUGGGAGUUCCGGGAUCAGCCCAGCCGGCUACUAUUAGUCUGUUACUAAGAAAUCCUAGAUGACUCUGUCGGCUGUACUCUCUCAAUGGUUUGGUGGCUACAUAAGGGUCUGUGUACACAUGGAGAGGCUACAUAAGGGUCUGUGUACACAUGGAGAGGCUACAUAAGGGUCUGUGUACACAUGGAGAGGCUACAUAAGGGUCUGUGUACACAUGGAGAGGCUACAUAAGGGUAUGUGUACACAUGGAGAGGCUACAUAAGGGUCUGUGUACACAUGGAGAGGCUACAUAAGGGUCUGUAUACACAUGGAGAGGCUACAUAAGGGUCUGUAUACACAUGGAGAGGCUACAUAAGGGUCUGUAUACACAUGGAGAGGCUACAUAAGGGUCUGUGUACACAUGGAGAGGCUACAUAAGGGUCUGUGUACACAUGGAGAGGCUACAUAAGGGUCUGUGUACACAUGGAGAGGCUACAUAAGGGUCUGUGUACACAUGGAGAGGCUACAUAAGGGUCUGUAUACACAUGGAGAGGCUACAUAAGGGUCUGUAUACACAUGGAGAGGCUACAUAAGGGUAUGUAUACACAUGGAGAGGCUACAUAAGGGUCUGUAUACACAUGGAGAGGCUACAUAAGGGUCUGUGUACACAUGGAGAGGCUACAUAAGGGUCUGUAUACACAUGGAGAGGCUACAUAAGGGUCUGUGUACACAUGGAGAGGCUACAUAAGGGUCUGUAUACACAUGGAGAGGCUACAUAAGGGUCUGUGUACACAUGGAGAGGCUACAUAAGGGUCUGUGUACACAUGGAGAGGCUACAUAAGGGUCUGUAUACACAUGGAGAGGCUACAUAAGGGUCUGUAUACACAUGGAGAGGCUACAUAAGGGUCUGUAUACACAUGGAGAGGCUACAUAAGGGUCUGUAUACACAUGGAGAGGCUACAUAAGGGUCUGUGUACACAUGGAGAGGCUACAUAAGGGUCUGUGUACACAUGGAGAGGCUACAUAAGGGUCUGUGUACACAUGGAGAGGCUACAUAAGGGUCUGUGUACACAUGGAGAGGCUACAUAAGGGUCUGUGUACACAUGGAGAGGCUACAUAAGGGUCUGUGUACACAUGGAGAGGCUACAUAAGGGUCUGUAUACACAUGGAGAGGCUACAUAAGGGUCUGUAUACACAUGGAGAGGCUACAUAAGGGUCUGUGUACACAUGGAGAGGCUACAUAAGGGUCUGUGUACACAUGGAGAGGCUACAUAAGGGUCUGUGUACACAUGGAGAGGCUACAUAAGGGUCUGUAUACACAUGGAGAGGCUACAUAAGGGUCUGUAUACACAUGGAGAGGCUACAUAAGGGUCUGUGUACACAUGGAGAGGCUACAUAAGGGUCUGUGUACACAUGGAGAGGCUACAUAAGGGUCUGUGUACACAUGGAGAGGCUACAUAAGGGUCUGUAUACACAUGGAGAGGCUACAUAAGGGUCUGUAUACACAUGGAGAGGCUACAUAAGGGUCUGUAUACACAUGGAGAGGUGUGCUCCUAAUAGAUACAAAUGUGUAGUUGCUUAGUGAAAAGGUUUCAGGAUGUAACCUGUUUUUGCGGCUUUGUCUGCUUAAUGCAGUCAGGUCUAGUUAUAGUUAGGGUCAAGAGCCGUCUCAAAGAGGCCCUAUUUGGAUGUAAAUGAAUGACUAAAAAAACAUUUCAUACUUCACAUACUUUGUAAUAGCAUGUUCUAAAAUAGCCAUCAACAUUAUUCUAGAAAACAUACUGUUUAGAUGGGCGGGAGAGGGAGGGAGACGUAGGGAGGGAGAUGGAGUAGGGGACGUCGAAGAGGGAGGGAGACGUAGGGAGGGGGAGAGGGGGGAGACGUAGAGAGGGAGGGAGACGGAGGGAGGUAGAGAGAGGGAGGGAGACGUAGGAGGGAGACGGAGGGAGGGAGGGAGACGGAGGGAGAGAGGGGGGAGAGGGAGGGAGGGAGACGUAUGGAGAGAGAGGGAGGGGGAGGGGAGGGAGCGGAGGGGAAGGAGGGAGAGGGAGGGAGGGAUGGGGAGGGAGGAGAGUGUAGGGAUAGUAGGGGGAGGGAUGGGAGGGAGUGAGAGAGAGUUUAGGGGAGGUGAUGUAGAGGGAGGGACUUAGAGUAAGACUAUUGAUAGGGAGGGAGACUAGGAGGGAGACGUAGGAUGACUUUGAGGCGUAGGAGGAGUAGGGAGGAUUUACUGAGUGGCCUGGGGGGAGGGAGGGAGGGGGAGGGGGACGUAGGGAGGGGGACGUAGGGAGGGAGACGUAGAGGGAGGGAGACGUAGGGAGGGAGGGAGACGUAGAGGGAGGGAGAGGGAGGGAGACGUAGAGGGAGGAGACAGAGGGGGAGAACGAGACUGAGGGAGAGAGGACUUUUAUCAUGUGCUGGACUGCAGACCAAGGAAAAUGCCAAGAUGCCAAAUAUUCCAUCUCCAUGGAAACCAAACUGACUGAGUAUGGCUGUUCAGUAUGCCCUCUCCCCACUCUACCCCCGUCCCUGUUUGCUUUAGUUUCUGCUUUUUCCUCUGAGACAAAAUAAAUAUACUAAACAAAAAACUUGUUGUUUUUUUUAUCCACAGAAACGUCGGAAUUUCCAAAGCCUCAGCUGCCCUGGGAUCACUGGGGACAACAGCUAUCAAUCAACCCAGGGCCCGCCCCCUCAGAGGACCACUGACCAAUGUGAGACUGACUUCGCCUCUGCAGGCAAUCAGGGAUUGGACGAUCCAACCGCCAGCUCCAAAGAGGGCGGAGUCAUCACUAGUGUCUCUGGGGAGGAGGAUCCAGCCACCUCCAUCGAGGAGCUGGAUUGGCUGAGCUCCGCGGUCUGCGAUGAC